AUGGUCUCUGGCAAAUUUCAAAUUUUAAAAUUAUUUUGACAUGUCACCUUUAUUUGACAUCUAUUGCAUUCUUUGAAAUUUUUUAUAAAAUAUCUUGAUAAAUUACAAAUUAUUCACAUUUUCAUUGUAAAAUUCGUAUUUUUCAGAGGAAAGUUCCAAAUAUAAAUUCAGAAAAAAGCCAUCACAUGAUAAGUACACUUCUACCUAAGAUUACUGAAAGUUUAUCUUCUACAUAAUAAAAUUCAAAAGAUGAAUAAAACGCCGAUAUCAAUACUACAAGAACUGAUGGUGAAAAAAAAUAUACUACCUAGUUACUUGGAAUGUCCAUCUGAUAACGAACGAUUUAGUUUUGCAUGUAUAGUCCAUGCUGGUAGCAUCGAGGUGAAGGGUUAUGGAAAUAAUAAAAAGGAAGCUAAACAAAACAGUGCAUCCAAUGCAUUGGAGAGCUUGAAUUAUUCUAUCAACGAUGAAUAUAUGGUGAAAAGUAUUCAGACCGUUUCCACAUCACUUCCAGCCCAAAGCAGUAGUAUUAGUAUUGGGAAUCAGAAUUCUCCUCCUGAUAAUUAUGUUGGAAAAUUGAAUGAGUACUGUUCGACGCAUGGAAAACCGUAUCCUCAGUACCAAGAUAAUAUUGUUCCAUUGAACGGAAGAUUCAUUGUGCACUGUCAUUUCUCGAAAUUCGUUACUGAUGGACUUGGUCUCAAUAAGAAAACUGCCAAACAGGAAUCUGCCAAGAAGAUGUUGGAAUUACUGAAAGAUGAAAAUGUUGAAGAUGACAUAGAUCUCAUAGAUAAUGUUAGUAGUUCACUAAAAGAUGAUAAAAAAGAAAAUAUAAAUAAAUUAUCUGAAGCCAUGUUGAAGAAAUAUGAAGAAAUGUCCAUUAAUGAUAAAGGAAUCACGCUAACACCUACAUUCGAUCCAAUGCCAUUUUUAAAUGAAGAUGAUGUGAUUUCACUAGAGCAGUUACAGAAUGGACUGAGAAAAAGUGGCUAUGAGGUUGUUGUGAGAGCAUUUCAGAGGAAUCCUCAUAUUAUGAUGCUCAAAAUAGAGGGCACACAAUGUGUAAUGAUGGGACACGGUGAUUCCGAAAAGGAGGCUCGUGAGGACUUAUUGAAAGGGGCUAGUGUAAUGUUUCGAAAUGGUUUCUCAUUCAAAAACAGAUUUUGAAAUUUGUAUUAUUCACCCAAAAAUAUUUUCCGAUUAUACAAGCAUUCCAAGUAUACAGGGUUUUUCAAAUUAAGGUCCUGCAGCCAUUGAUGACUUGAAUCAACAAACUAUCAGUAUUUUCGACAAGGUUUAAUUGCAUUAUAAGCUCUUUUUUCUGAAACUCGAAGUUAUAG